AAAGUGAGUGCUGGUCGGGGGGACAGGAGGAGGUGAGAGUGGAUCUGGCAAUGGGGAGUGAGAAUGUGUAGGAUCGAGAUUUACAGCUUUUAGGGAACGAGAGAGGAUCUAAAUCUUACUGAAACUAGAACUGACUGUUCUGAAUUUCUGUCCUGCGCUAACAGUGACGACUUCUGCAAUCUCCUUCUGCAGGAAAUUAAACGGGGAGAAUUUGUGGGCAGAAAUCUCAAAACAAACAUCACUUCAUGAUCUGACAAAGUCAUCUGAUUUCUAAUUUGCACGUGAAUAUCACCUAGAAAGAGAAACCUUGGAAAAAUCCUCGAGAUCAGUGCGCUGGGAAUUCAUUGAUCAAGCGAGUGCUUCAGUAAAUUGACUGUGGACAAAGGACGUAAAGCAGUUGCACAGCUUCUAAGACAUUAACAGUGGGAAGAGACACAACAUGGGCUCUGCUCAUCAAACCUGGAGAGACACAAGGACACCUGCACCAUGGGGAAACUGCGGAGAUGUGUGAAACGUUGGGAACGUAUUCCCGACCCCAUCUGUUGCCAGAAAUGCAUGGGUGCACUCACACAGAGGAGAGGCUAUUCAUAUUCCUCAAGGAUAAAAGAAAAGAAGAAUCUGGAAACACAAAUCUCAAGCCAAGCUUCAUGUCAGAGCCUGAUGGCCAGUUGAUUCACCAGGAUGUGAAUAUUGAUGGCCUUGAAAACGAGAAGAAGGAGCAGGGUCUGUCUGUUUUGUCCACUUCAUUAGGUUUUAAACACCAGUGUGACUAGAAACACGUUGAGUGCCAGUAUUCCAGAGUAGAGACUGUGGAACAAGCUUCAACCUAUUACACAGACUGUGUGAGAGUGUUCCAGUUAUCAGAGGAUUAACCGGUAACACAGACUGAAGGAAGGAACAAAACAACAUACAUGUGGGCGGAUUUUCAAGUGAUUGUUGAACUGGGAGAGACACAAGGACACCUCCCCCCUCCCCCGUCAUGGAGAAGCCGUGGAAAUGUGGGGAAUGUGAGAACAGUUACCCUUCUCCAUCUGCGCUGGAAAUCCAUCGGCGUUUCCACACGGGGCAGAGGCCAUUCACCUGCACGCAGUGCGGGAAGGGCUUCACCCAGUCACAUCACCUCCUGAUACACCUCCGCGUUCACACGGGGGAGAAGCCGUUCAUCUGUCCCGUGUGCGGCCAAGGAUUCACCCAGUCGCACCACCUGCUGUUGCACCAGCGCAUCCACACCGGGGAGAAGCCGUUCACGUGCUCGGUGUGCGGGAAGGGCUUCACGCGGUCCUACCACCUGCUGCUGCACUUCCGCGUCCACACCGGGGAGAAACCGUUCACCUGCUCGGUGUGCGGGAACGGCUUCUGUGAUUCCUCCACCCUGCGGAAACACCGGCGGGUCCACACCAAGGAGAGGCCGUUCACCUGCCCGGUGUGCGGGAAGGGCUUCACCCAGUCAUCCAACCUGCAGACGCACCGGCGCGUGCACACCGGGGAGAGGCCGUUCGCCUGCUCCGAGUGCGGGAAGGGCUUCACCCAGUUCUCCAACCUGCUGUCACACCAGCGGGUUCACACCGGGGAGAGGCCGUUCGCCUGCCCCGUGUGCGGGAAGGGCUUCACCCAGACGUCGAACUUGCAGAAGCACCAGCGGGUCCACACCAAGGAGAAGCCGUACUCCUGCUCGGUGUGUGGGAAGCGGUUCACUCAGUCGUCCAGCCUGGUAAAGCACCAGCAACUUCACAAACUCCAUUUCCACGGCUCGCUGCUGCCAACAUUGUUGAAGACCCAUCGCACCCCGGUAAAGAUCUCUUCUGUCAGACAUAAGAGCAUCAUUGACCUCUCAUCCAAUCUGAGUCGGAUUAAGAGGACAGCUGGACCCCAGGUGAAAGCCAGAUCCAGAGCGGUCUCUGGCCUCUCCCGCAAGCGUGUUAACAUGGGGACUCAGGAUCCCUUCCCACGUCUCCAAGGUGUCUCCAAGCCAUUGCUGUCCUCGCGUUUCCUCAUUUGUGACGGCCAGUUGAGACUUUAUCAAAACACACAGACAGAGUUUCAUUUUGAUUUGCAGGAGCUGCAGCGAAAGGACAGACAGACACAGUCAGAUAGAGAGACAGACGGAGAGACAGAAGACAGAGAGAGAGAGAGAGACAAGGAUUCCCAUGUCAUGGAGAAACCAUGGAAAUGUGGGCACUGCGGGAAGGGAUUCAAAUUCCCAUCUUCGCUUGAAGGUCAUCGGCGCAGUCACACGGGGGAGAGGCCGUUCUCCUGCUCGGUGUGCGGGAAGGGAUUCACCGACUCGUCCAGCCUGCUGAGGCACCGGCGGGUCCACACCGGGGAGACGCCGUUCUCCUGCUCGGAGUGCGGGAAGCGGUUCACCCAGUCCUCCAACCUGCAGCGGCACCAGCAGGUCCACACCAAGGAGAGGCCGUUCGCCUGCUCGGUGUGCGGGAAGGGCUUCGCCCAGUCGUCCGCCCUGCUGACCCACUGGCGGGUUCACACCGGGGAGAGGCCGUUCACCUGCCCCGAGUGCGGGAAGGGAUUCACCGACUCGUCCAGCCUGUUGAGGCACCGGCGGGUCCACACCGGGGAGACGCCGUUCUCCUGCUCGGAGUGCAGGAAGCGGUUCACCCAGUCCUCCAACCUGCAGCGGCACCAGCAGGUCCACACCAGGGUGAGGCCGUUCUCCUGCCCGGUGUGCGGGAAGGGCUUCACCGACUCGUCCAGCCUGCUGAAGCACCAGAUGGUCCACACGGGGGAGACGCCGUUCACCUGCUCCGAGUGCGGGAAGGGCUUCACCCAGUCACCCAACUUCUUGGCUCACCAGCAGGUUCACACCGGGGAGAGGCCGUUCUCCUGCUCCCAGUGCGGAAAGGGCCUCAGUCAGUCCUCCAACCUGCCGCGGCACCAACAGGUUCACCUGUGUGGGGGGGUGAUGGGGAAGAGACAGGGAACCUACUACACAUUUCUCCUUCUGCAUUCAAAUGCUGAUGAUAUUCAGGCCCAGAACAAAUUUCUGCUUAUCCUCCUCAUCUACGAAUACCAUGUGCGGGACCCAGUUCGGAGCAGCGCAGUGUGGGUUCCAUGUGUGGAGCAGGCGCGGUGUGGGCUCGCUGUCCAGUGCGGGGACGCAGUUCGGAGCAUGCGCGAUGUGGGUUCCCUGUCUGGAGCAGGCGCAUUUCUCUGUGAACUGACUGUGGAUCGAGGAUCACACAGCCUGGAAAAAGAAAUCACACCGAACACUUGUUCUGAGGACACUCCCUCCAUGGAGAAGCCGUGGAAGUGUGGGGACUGUGGGAAGGUGUUCCCAACACCAUCCGCGCUGGAAACUCACCGGCGCAGUCACACGGGGGAGAGGCCAUUCACCUGCUCCGUGUGUGGGAAAGGAUUCACCCAGUCAAGCCACUUGCGCCUGCACCAGCGUGUUCACACCGGGGAAAAGCCGUUCGCCUGCUCGGCUUGCGGGAACACGUUCCGCGAUUCGGGCAGCCUGCAGAAGCACCAGCGGUUUCACACGGGGGAGAGGCCGUUCACCUGCUGCGUGUGCGGAAAGGGGUUUGGUCAGUCAUCGAGCUUGCGUCGGCACCAGAACAGUCAUGCCGACGAGAGACCUUACAAAUGCUCCGAUUGUGGGGCUGCUUUCAAAAGCUCUUGGGAUCUGAUGCUGCACCAGCGCAUUCACACCGAGGAGAGACCGUUUGGCUGCCCCCACUGCGCCAAGAGGUUUAAGACGUCGUCUGAGCAGCAGAGGCACCGGCGGGUCCACACCGGGGAGCGGCCGUCGGUCUGCCCCGUGUGCGGGAAGGGCUUCAUUCAGUCAUCCGGCCUGCAGAGGCACCGGCGGGUCCACACCGGGGAGAGACCAUUCACCUGCUCCGUCUGCGGGAAGGGCUUCACCCAGUCCACCAACCUGCGGACCCACCAGCGCAUUCACACCGGGGAGAAACCGUUCUCCUGCCCAGAGUGUGGGAAGGGAUUCACUCAGUUAUCCAACAUGGUGUCGCACCAGCGAGUUCACAACUUCAACCAGGAGAAGCACAAGGAGACCAGGCCCAUGGAGAAUCGGUGGAAAUGUGGGGACUGUGGGAAGGGAUUCCGUGUCCCGUCUGCCCUGGAAAUGCAUCAACGGGUUCACACUGGGGAGAGGCCCUUCACCUGCUCCGUCUGUGGGGAGGGAUUCAUUCACUUACGCCACUUGGGAACGCACCAGCAGGUUCACACUGAGGCAGAGCCAAUUACCUGCCCCAAGUGUGGGAAAACCUCCCCUCAACUGUCCAACCUGCAGCAGCACCAGCAGAUUCGCGCCGGGGAGAGGCCGUUCCCCUGCUCCGAGUGUGACAAAGGAUUCGGCUCAUCAUCUGCUCAGUGUAACCGCUGGACAGCUCACACCAAAGAGAGGCGCUUCACCUGCUCUGUGUGUGGGAAGGUAUUCAGUCGUUCGAACAGUCUGCUAACCCACCAGCUCGUCCACACCGGCGAAUGGCCCUUCACCUGCUCCGAGUGCGGGAAGGGCUUCACCCGCUCGUCCCAUUUGCUGACGCACCAGUGCGUUCACACCGGGGAGAGGCCGUUCACCUGCUCCGAGUGCGGGAAGGGCUUCACUCGCUCGUCCCAUUUGCUGACCCACCGACACAUUCACACCGGGGAGAGGCCGUUUGCCUGCUCCGUGUGCGGGAGAGGCUUCACUCAGUCAUCCCCCCUGCAGCGGCACCAGCGGGUCCACACAGGCGAGAAUCCGUUCUCCUGCUCCUUGUGCGGGAAGCGAUUCACUCAGUCGUCGAACUUGCUGCGCCACCAACGCGUUCACACUGGGGUGAGGCCAUUCCCCUGCUCCGUGUGUGGAAGGGAAUUCACUCGGCUAAUCCACCUCCAGAAACACAGCCGAGUUCACAGAGAGGAGGAAGGCAAUUCCUCACCUCCAAUGAGUGCAGGAAAGGAUUCUCUGAAUCGCCAAACCUGCACAGACAAUAGCGGGUUUGCACCUGCAAGAGAGGGUGCUCACCUCUUGUGAUGUAAGGUGUGUUAUUUCUCUCUGUUUUAAUAUCAUUCAUUUUUGCAUUUGGAUUUUGAACUAGUGGCAUGUGGGUUUUCCCUAUGUCUGAAGAAUUUUAAGGAUUAACGUGCAAGUAUUUCUGUAGCAAUGGUGAUAUCUUUUAAUACACAACCCGAGAGAAAUGUAAUUCCUGGUGUUUACUAGAAUUUUGUUCCAUUGGGAGAGUUUUAUAAUCAAAUAAUGUAAACAGUUAUUUAUUUGGCUUUCCGUUUAGAAGGUCUUUUUUUUAACUUUGAACAAGAGAAACACCCAUAGCUUGAUAAACGCUUUUGGGUUUCAGUUUGGCAGUUUUGUCAAAGUCUCAGCUGAGCUGGAUGUGAUGCUCCAGAGAAGGGGAGACAAUUUUGAACUGUUACAAAAUAUAUGACCUCAGCGUGAGAAGUUUCCUUGGAAAGCUUCAGACCAGACGUUUGUGGGGCAAAACGUUGUAAAAGGGAUACGUAAAAUUGAGAAAAUCUAAGCUCUAAAAUCAUUCUCUCAAUGCCACUGACUCUCGAACUCUUCCCUCUCCGCUUCAAUAAAGCUACAUUAUUUUGCACAACCCAGGAAUACGUAGCACUUGUAUGAAGAAUCGCAGAAGAAGCUAUCAGACUCUCAAGACCAUGGAAUGAGGCCACAGCUACUCCAUCCCAAUAUGUGAUAGAGAAAUCUUUCUAAUAUUUGAGUACUGUAAUGGGAAGCUGUUGGGAUGAAUUAGAUUACAUUUUUCCCCGUGCUGUAAAAUCUUUAAACAUGCUUCCAGAGGAAGUGAUGCAUAUGGAUACAGUUUCAGUCCUUAAAAGACAUUUGGAUAAGUACGUGAAUAGGAACGGUUUGGAGGGAUAUGGGCCAGGUGCAGGCAGGUGGGACUAGUUUAGUUUGGGAUUAUGUUCAGCAUGGACCAAUGAGUCUUUUUCCACGCUGUAUGACUCUCUGACAGUAUGUGACUUGUAAAUAGUUUGGUUUAGUUUGUUGUGUCUUCAUUUCUUUCGUGACAAACUUCUGUUUCAUUGUUCAAAACAAAUCUGA